AUGAAUGUUCCCCUGGUACACAGGACAGGAGUCAAAGGUUCACUCAGCCACAUCUUUAGAAUCAUCGUCAAAACCACGUCUACAGAGGAGUUCAUCGCUCUGGACAGAGUCAUAAAACUCCUCUGUACAGAAGUAACUCACAUGGUCAACUCUGUGCUGAAGGACAACUGUGGCUUUGAGCGUGUUCUGCUGGUGGAGGAGAAGGACUACUCCACACCACGUAGAACUCUGCGCCACAUAGCUGCUAAUGCACCAAUGUUCCUGCCCCACAUGACCUUCUCUGACCAGUGGGAAAAACUUCUAGAGGCCGAGAUUUCCAAAGGUCUCACUGAAAGAGAACUGAAAAGUGGGAUGCUGGACUCUGAGAACAAAGAGACUGAAGUCUCUGCCUCAGAACAGGAGCGAAUGAUCCCGGUCGACUUCAUGUCUUUGCAGAACCUCUAA